AUGAUUCAUGCGAUUUUGGUAGACACGAUGAAAGAGCAACCUCGAUGCAGUUUUGCCGUUUUCGAAGCGUGUCGAUCGGGUCCGUCGCAAAACCCUGCGACGGAGCAGGCAGCACUGGCUCACAUUCGUGCUUUUCAGGGCGACAUGAGUGAUGCCUCCUCCUUCAUAGCCUGCUUGAGCCCAGCUGUCCUGGAAGAAAUCUUGAAGGAUCCAGAAGUGACAAUGAUGGAUUUAAAGUUGUUCCAGAUGCUCACUUCUUGGGAACAAGGGGGCACAUCCGACGAUGAGGACAACACUCCUCAAGACUAUCGCCGUUCGACCGCAAAAGAACUCGCGGAACAUAUUAAUCUUGAAGGGAUCAGUCAAUACCAUUUGACGAAGACUGUUCAACCCUCUGGCCUGGUUUCGGAGGGAAAGCUGUCGGAUGUGCGUGAGAAACUAGCAGAGAAGAAUCUUGUUGAUCUUGACAGAUAUUUUGCCCGCCUUGAACGGGCGAAUUCCAAGUUCGGCUACAAGUGUUGA